AUGGAGGCGAGGUUCACCGGCCCGAGCGGGUCGCACACCAUUGUGGCGACGGACGUGCCCGGCUCGCUCGCCGAGCUCGCCGACGCGGUCGACGACAUGCACGCCGCCAUUAAGGCGUUUGUCGAUGCCCGGGCCGCAGAGGACUCGGGUUCCAAGAAGCGCCCGAGCGAUGACGGCGGAGCCGACGACAAUGAGCUGGCGGCCAUGGCCAUCGAGGGUGAGACCGAUGAUGGCGGCAAGGGCGCGUCGACGGAUGCCUCGGCCGCGCCGGCUGCCAAGCGCCCGCGGGUCUUCCAGCCCCGCCGUCGCGUGUUCCGCAAGUUCACCUACCGUGGUGUGGACCUUGAGCAGCUGCUCGAGAUGAAGCAGGAGGAGCUCAUCCAGCUCUUCACUGCCCGCCAGCGCCGCUCGAUCAACCGCGGCCUGCUCAAGAAGCGCUCGUCGCGCACUCUGCUCAAGAAGCUGCGCAAGGCCAAGGCCGAGACCCCGCAGGGCGAGAAGCCCGAGCCGGUCAAGACCCACCUCCGGAACAUGGUCAUCAUCCCUGAGAUGAUCGGCUCGGUCGUCGGUGUCUACAACGGCUCGCAGUUCAACCAGGUUGAGAUCAAGCCCGAGAUGGUCGGUCACUUCCUUGGCGAGUUCUCCAUCACCUACCGCCCGGUCCGCCACGGCCGCCCCGGUGUCGGCUCGUCCAACACUGCCCGCUUCAUCCCGAUCUAG